AUGAAGCCUACAAUACUGAUUGGAAACUUAGGACCGAGGAUAUUUGGUGUGAAAUCUUUUCAUGAUAUGCAAAUAGAUGUUUACAAUUAUUUUAAAGGAAGUCCUUAUGGUGGAUUCUUUGAAGGGCGUAGACCAACAUUAUAUAUCAUGGAUCCAGAUAUUAUAAAGUCUGUUAUGAUAAGGGACUUUGAUCAUUUCACUGAUAGAAAUACCUUAGGAACUCGGGAACCUAAGUAUUUGAGUAGGAGUAUUCUCAAUUUAAAAGGAUCUGAAUGGAAAGCAGUGCGCAGCAUUAUGACUCCAGUUUUCAGCUCCUCUCGUCUGAAAAAUCUGAUACCUUUAAUACAGACAUGUGCAGAUCAAUUAGUUGAGUUUUUGAAGCAGUAUGAUAGUAAAGAAGUAGAUAUGAAGCAGAUAAUGGGACAUUUUACAUUGGAAACUAUCAGUGCUACUGCCUUCGGAAUCAGAAGCGAUGCCCUUACUGCUGAAAAGUCACAGUUUGUCAAGGAAGCAGAAAAGUUCAACUAUAUGCCCAUCUACAAGCGGUACUUUAUAUUCUUCAUAUUGACAUUUAUGCCAGGCCUGUUCAGGUAUUUGAAUGUAUCUUUCUUAAACAUGGAGACGAUGUCGAAACUCAACGAUAUGUUGCAAGCUAAUAAGGAGCAGCGGAAAAAGACUUCAGUAAAGCACAAUGACUUCUUGCAACUUAUGCUUGAUGCAGCGGAGAAAGAGAAAGAACAUUCAGAUAGUAAACAACCAUUGCACCUAGACGAUGGAACAGUGGAUGCUCAAAUCAUAAUUUUCCUAUUAGCCGGGUUUGAAACAUCCAGUUCCUUGUUGUCUUUCGCGAUCCACGUCCUGGCUACACGACCGGACAUUCAAGAGAAACUCCGAAAACACGUUACUGAAGUCACCGAAGGGAAGGAAAUAACUUACGACCUUAUAGCACAACUUGACUAUCUAGAAGCCUUCUUACUUGAAACGUUACGCAUAUACCCACCUGUGGCAAGGGUAGACAGAGUCGUGACGAAACCAUAUCUCCUGCCAGGAUCGUCUAUCAAGUUGGAUGUUGGCCAAUCGGUGUCUAUCCCGAUUUACGGUAUCCACAUGGAUCCAGAUAUAUACCCAGAACCUCACGAGUUCAGACCGGAAAGAUUCUUUAAAGAGGAGAAAAGUGAUAGGCCAUCACAUCUCUAUUUGCCGUUUGGAGCUGGACCGAGAGCUUGUAUAGGGCUUCGCUUCGCAAUGAUAACCACGAAGAUGGCAAUGGCUGCCCUUGUUAAGAACUUUGAGUUCAAAAAGUCUGAGAAUACGCAGCACCCUAUACAGUUCGAUAAACGUGCCCUCCUGCUUAAAGCGAACAAGGGUUUGUUUGUCCGUAUUGACAAAAUUUAG